CGCUCCUCGGCGCUCCUCCGCCCUCCUCCGCCAUGCCGCCCUCGCUCCUGCCGGUCCUGGUCCUGGUCCUGGCCGCCCCCGCGGCCCCGAGCGCCAACGGCACAGAUGCAGACUUGAGGACUCAAAUACCCAGUGAAGAAGCAGAGGAGACCCACUCUAACCUUACGUUCGUGAAGCAAAGCAUAUCUCUAAUUGGGACUCCGAGUGCCUCAGUGGAAAGAAAUACGAUACUCCACAGCCCUUCUCACGUAGAACUCACCUGUAACUUUUCUGGGGAUAUAAAUUCAGUAAGAGUAAUCUGGAAGAAGGAAGGCGAACAAAUCAACAGUAGCCACAUCUUCAUAAAUCAAACAGGAAAUGUCCUAUAUACUCAGUACACGUUACAAAUCUUAAAUAGCACCCAGCUGGGAAGUUAUGCGUGCGUUUUCGAAGAUGCAGUGGAACGGCGAGGGAGAGGCGUGUUCAACUUCAAAGUUCCUGAAGUUCAUGGAAAAGAUAAACCAUUGAUCAGUUACGAAGGGGAUUCGGUUGUCAUGAUCUGUAAAAGUGAGAAUUCUGUCCCUCUUACAUGGAUUUGGUUUAAGGUGAAUGAAACUGGCCAGGUCCCUGUGGAAACCGAAAUGAAAGAGAAGUAUGAACUCGCGAGCAAAUAUGCCAACGAAACCAAGCUCAAGAUUCUGCAACUUUCAGAGCAAGAUGGAGGAUCGUACACGUGUCGAGCCAUAUUCCCCCUGGGCGGCAGCGAAGGAAAGGUUGAUCUUAAAGUGUUGAGCUAUUUGGUGCCCCUGAAACCAUUCCUUGCGAUCGCUGCUGAGGUGAUAAUAUUAGUCACCAUCAUUCUGCUCUAUGAGAUGCACACGAAGAGGAAGCAGAACACCACAGAGGGAGAGAAAGAGUUUGAACAAAUCGAACAACUAAAAUCAGAAGAUAGCAACGGAAUAGAAAAUAAUACCACCAGGCACCGCAAGAUUUAAAUGCAUUUCAAAUAAGACUCAAACGAAAGGAGACCGUGAGUUGAAGAAGGGGAAACAUCAUUCGAUCAGCAGCAUUUCUGGGAGAAUGAGUUCAGAAGGGAACGUUUAGAAAAUCUGCUACGAUUUCGACUCCCUGAGUUCGGGAUUUUUCUUAGAAGGGCGGAAUAUUUAUGCAAUAAAAACAGGUCACCAUCCCAGUGCAUAAAACUUCCUCUGUAAACGCUAUGUCCUAUCUCAGUGCUUUCGAUGUCACCAUCUUAUUUAUUUCAUCUGACUUUUAAGCGAAAAACAAAUUAGCUUUUAUUCAGGUACUCAGAUGUUGACCGUGUUUGAGCGUGUGAAACGCCUUGGGUUUUUUUCCUAGCAUUUUCAUCUACAGUUAAAACGACAGCGUGAACCUAGCUUCACUCCACCCCUUUACGGUGUAGCAGAGACGGCACCAGCAAAACUCCUCCCUGGUAGGUGCAGCAGAUGUUCCGUGUGAGCCUCUUUCUAACCAAAGGAAUCAUUUAAUGGAAGUCGUUAUCAUGUUUGUCUCGAUCCGAGUUCUGUGUCUUCUACGUGAUGCCUAAUAAUGACUUGAAAAUACUGAGAUAUUACACACCAAAGAUUGUAUCGUGUAUAGCCGAACGAUCGCUACAGAAAAGCCUACCUCCUGCACUUAGAAAGAUCGAAAGCCCAGAAGCUGGCUCCUUAGUCUUGGCUGUUCAUUUAAGUUCAUUUUAAGUUAUCGUGCUCUCUCAAGUGCUUAGCACAGUGCUCUGUGCACCGGCAGCGCUCGAUACGUACCGCUGACUGAUUGAUUCAGCCAGUGUAGUCCUGUGUAUAUAAACUGAAACCUCCUCGCCACCGCCCCCUCAACCUCCAAAUCUCCAUUUGCCUCUCCCCCGCCCCACCCGUUGUUACCUCUGCAGGACCAAGUGGUUGUUGGGCCUUGGGUUCGAGAGCUUAAAUAUAAGGAGUUUCACCCGAAGGCCUUUAUAUUAAUGUCUGUCUGCCCCUCUAGAUUGUAAGCUUCUUGCGGGCAGGGACCGUGUCUACCUACUCUGUUGUUCUCUUCCCAAAUGCUUAGCACAGGAAACGCUCAGUAAAUACCAUUGAUUGAGGUCGCUUAAGACGUGUAGUCGUCCCUCUCUGGCCACUCCCCUGAGUUGACCUCUGCCCCCAAACAUGUAGUUUUGGGGGUCACUCUUGUCUGAAUAUCGUACUCUGGCCCUGAAGACCAGGUGCUCAUGGGCAGGCAAAGCGUCUUUCAGCUCUUGUACUGUACUCUGCCAACGCUCAGCGUAGUGCUCUGCACAUAGUAAGCGCUCAAUAAAUACCAUUGGUUGGAUGAAAUAUUGCCCCUGCAAGCAGGGCUAUCACAAAUGUCAGAAACUAUCUUGUCAGGUUCUCAGCCCUCAGAAUAUGAGUUCAGAGUCUUCUGGUAGCCGCGACUUCUCCUACCAACCAAAGCCCUUCCCCAAGUGCUAUUUUUAAUCUACUCUUAAUGCUCUCUCAUAUCCGUGGCUUGUCUGAACAUCUGAAGAGUACCCGACCUCUGGAAGUUUCCAUCAAUUCUUGAUAAGUGAAUGUUUUAAAGGAUCCUCCCGUAGAACAGACUCGUGAGCUAAGGAUCGUUUUCCUUCUGGAGGAAGUCUUAUUUAUGAUCCUUAAAUUGGUUUAAAAAAUCUGGAUCGGAUAUAAAGCCGAUCCGGCCUCUGAGUGAGAUUCGCAAUGGUGGUGGAUGCGGGAUAAAGCUUUGUGUAACACCGCAAGGAUUUGGUGACGUGUUUCUAAGUGGAAGCAAAAACGGCAUGUGGAUAUUUAGCGGUCACGUGAUAAGAUUCGGACAAGAUUAUAUCCUAUAGAUCUCAUUUUUUAUCUUGUUUGUAUUUCUUCCGACUUUGUUUUGGAAGGAUAAUCUAAUGUGGUGGCUUGUCUUUCAUCUGAAGUGCAUUGAUUGCUAGAGCUAUAAAUGAUAUACGGGGUUAAUAUUCUUCUACAUUAUGGCUCUUGAAUUUUGUAUACUCUCAAAAGCCAGUCUUUGUGGUAGCUAUUCAAUGUGAUUGUUUCUGUGCAGAUGAACUAUAGACUGUAAGCUCGGUCGUGGUGUGGGCUUAUGUCUGUUUAUUGUUGUAGCGUACUCUCCCAAGUGCUUAGUACAGUGCUCUUCGCACAGUAUGUGCUCAAUAAAUGUGAUUGAAUAAACUAUAGAAACAAAAUGUGCUACAGACUUUAGGCUAAACCGGUGAGAACGGCAGAGAAUAUGUUGGUUCCAGUUUGGGUUUUACAGUCGCAAGUGGCUUUGACCAGGUUGGGUACAAAAGAACAACAUCAUCAGAGAAACGGAGCCUUCACUGAUUUAUUCUUCAUCUUAGCCUUAGGUAUUUUGAACUGAGUCAAAUAAGAGUUUGAACUUGUCUGAGGAUAAGUUGGAUUUAAGGUGCAGGGCCUAAGGGACUGUGGGAAGAGGAGGCAUCUGUCUUAAAAAAAGGAAAACCAGCAUAAACGAGCCUUAGGAGAUCUCGGGGUUUUAAAAAAAUCACGUCCACUGAUCAGAAUAAUAUUAAUGGCACUAGAUAAGCACUCGAUAUGUGCCAUGCCCCGUUCUAAGCGCUGGAGUAGAUAGAUACAAGGUAAUCAGGCUGGAUGCGAUCCCCAUCUCGCAUGAGGAUCUCAGCCUAAAUCAGAGGGAGACCAGGUUUCGAAUCCCCAUUGUACAAAUGAGGAAACUCAAGCGCUUAGUACAGCGCUUUGCACACAGUAAGCACUCAAUAAAUAGGAUCGAAUGAAUGAAGGAGGCCCAAAUGUCUCGCCCAAGGCUCCCCGGCCGACAAGUGGGAGAGCUGGGAUUAGAAUUCAAUUCCUCUGACCCACAUACAUCGAAUCGCUCUGCACGGCGUCAGCGUGUUCAGCAAGUAUCAUGGAUUGAGAAUAAUAAAGCGAGUAUCUCCCAAUUGGCUGUUGACACCGGCAUCCCUUCUUCUCUUUCUCCAAACUUUCGAUAUGUGUCCGAUCAAGCCUUCUUUCACUCUGAUACAAGGAGGUUCCUGGGAGAGAUCUCUCGUUAACCUACAACGGUGUUGCCGUAGUCUGACCUCUCUUCUCCAGUCCAUAAAAUUUGAUUUUAGAUUGUGAAUUUUGCAUUGAAAUCCAUUUUCUAUUAUGGUUCAUCAAAUAGCCUGCCCAGCCUAGGUGGCGGAUUCUUCUAAGGAGAAUCCGGGACGAAUCAAACAGAGGCAUUAAAGUUGAUGAGCUGGGGAUCAAGUUCAUGCAUUUUCUAAAAAUGGAAAGUUAUGUACCGUCCUUUCAGAACAUAGGGGAAGAACGAUCAAUAUGUUAUUUUUGUUGCAUCUUUUGGAAAAAAAAAAUGUGCCUAUAAUCAUUGUUUUAUAACCGGGGCCGCUAAAUGUUACGGUUGUUCUUUAUACUUGUCUUGAUUGAUGUUUUCAGUGUAGAUUGUUUAUCGAUUUCUUUGUGUAUGUUUCUUCAGUUGUUCAGAAUCUAAAUACCUGAUAGUUUUCCAGAUGUUUCAGUCGCAUAUACAAAGGGGUCUGUGGCAUGGAAACCGAAAAUACUUAAUAUGCAAUUAAAUUCAGUAAAACCAA